AUGACCGAUUUCUCGGAGAGCAACGCAUUACGCGCCGCUCCCUCAGCAACGUCCCGCUCUGAUAUCAGCAGUGCACUCCGCGCUCUCCGAGGUUUUGCUCAGGAAUUCUACGUUGAUGACGUAACGGAUCUCAUCGAUAGCGCACUGACGUUUAUCGAGCGAUACAGAGGCAUUGCAGACUCAGACACUGUCGGUUGGAAGCUGGUCAGCUUUUGGAUUACGAAAAAGGUUGGGAAAUUUCGUAGCUGUGUCGCCGCUCGCGAUCUCGAGUCAGCACAAGAAGUUCACCACGAAUUCUCACCCAUGGACGAAAACUCACUCGAGCUACUGGACCUACGCCGAUCUCACAACAACGGCCCCGCCGCGCUCUCGCGAAGCCAAAAACAGUCAGACGGAGGUCGUCGAUCGGAACGCCAACGUCGAUAG